UCGAACCUGAAUUUUUGUUUAACACAGCUCCAACUCGCCAUGGGCAAACGGAAAUCUCGCCCUCACCCCAGUAAAAUAUCAAAAAGCACAGCGCCUUCCCAACGCUUCCCCACUCUCUCCUCCCUCACCAGAACGGAGCUCCUUCUGCAAACUUUAAGAACGUCCCAGCCUUCCAAUCCCGCACACCCAUUCAAACUAAACCAACGGAUUCUCCUCAUUGGCGAAGGCGACUUUUCGUAUGCUCGUGCUCUCGCAACUUCCCUUGGCAAAGGCCAGAAUAUCAUCGCAACAUCCUUUGACACUAAGCCGGCGCUGAUACAAAAGUACCCGCAUGUGCAGACCAUACUGGGUGAACUGGUGUCUUCCGGUGUGACAAUUCUUCAUAACGUCGACGCAACCGCCCUCACUUCCAACAGCAGGUUGAGCGCUCUUACGGCACAAAACAAGUUUGAUCGUAUCGUUUUUCAGUUCCCGCAUGUGGGAGGGAGUCAGCAGGCCGAUGUUGAGCAAAACAGGGCCCUCUUAUCAAACUUUUUCGCCCAGGCACAGCAAUUGAUGAAUGCUAAUGGUGAAAUCCACGUAACGCUACGGGAUACUCCUUUUUACCGACAGUGGAGCAUUGAGGAUCUGGCCUUGAAAGAAGGUUUGGCAAUGAAACAGCGUGUUCCGUUCGAAGGGGAGCGGAUGCAGGCGCUUGGCUAUACACCUCAAAGGACCCAUCCGGCUGUUCGGGAUGCUCCGACCCUUGAGAACGCCUUUGUGCACGUUUUCGAGAUGCGGGCCGACAAGCCUGCUACAAAAAAGAAGGAAGAUAUUCCAUCGCAUGGGCUGGCAAGGAACAUGAAAACAGCAUCAGCGUCGACCAUACCCAAAAAGUCGAGGGCCGGUGCCAUUGGCAAAAAACCGAAACAGAUGCGCGGAAAAAGGGGAACAAAGAGAUGACAGGAUCUGAAUAUGGCAUCACAACAGGAUAUUUCCGCCAGACUAUGCACUAGCUUUAAGGUAGGGAAGGACCCCAACGCGCCAUUAUUCUCGGCUUCAUCGUCUGUUACCCUUUGCGAAACCAAAAUUUGUCACAGUGUGGGCAUCUCUUCUCGGGUCACCAUGUCGGCGAAGUUGUUUCAUCUAAAGUUAGAGCCCGUCAAUGCCUCUGACACCUCAAAUGUAGAUAUAACAGUGAUGUAUCAUUAUUUAUACACGUCAAUUGCUUCAACUCGCGUGAUGUAGCAGAGUACGGCAUUCUCGCGCGUAGUGAUCGCCAUAUUU